AUGCUGUUUAAAUCCUUGGGAUUGCUUCUCCUACUGACUGGUCAGGCCUGGUGUCAGUCCUUUAGUAUUCCUGUUUACACCGUUGGAAGUAUUUUCUCGGCUUUAACUGGAGGAGGAGGUGGAGGCGGUGGAGGCGGUGGUGGUGGUGGCGGAGGAGGAGGAGGUGCCUCAACCAGCAGCAGUGAUCAAGCAGCCUUCGCGAAUCAGUAUUAUAACAGUCAAUUGCAGCAAUACCACCAAGCUCUGGCGAAUUACAACGCGUUUAUGAAUAGUCUCUAUGAAGCUACGACAACAACUACUACAGCCGAUCCGACAACAACUACUACAGCCGCUACGACAACAACUACUACAGCCGCUACGACUACAACUACUACAGCCGCUCCGACAACAACUACUACAGACGCUACGACAACAACUACUACAGCCGCUCCGACAACAACUACUACAGACGCUACGACAACAACUACUACAGACGCUACGACUACAACCACUACUGCAGCUACAACCACGACUGCAGAUACUACCACUACCACGACCACGACCACGACAACGGAAGCUCCGUCAACCUCUACCGCUGUGGCGGCAGCGGACACGAACACCACUUCUACGGCGGUGGCAAAUGCCAGGAUUCAAACCACACCUCUGCCCCAUCACUAUGCGCCCAGCUCACUGAUCAGUCCCUACGAUCUUCACCGCAUCAGCUCCAACCCUAUUUACGUCCGGAACUCCGCAGUAGCAGAAUCUUCAGCUCAGUCCUUGCCUGUAUACAAUCCAUAUGAUAUUUACCGUGGCGCACAGGCACCUCCUUAUUUCAUAUACGGAAAGAAGUAG